AUGGCUCGAGCACUCGCGAGGAAUGCCCCGAACUCUCCUCCAUAUUUCGACUUUGGAGAUAUGCAGGAGAGUAUCAGCUUCUCGUGGCAAAAGAAUACUCUGGAAGGCAGUCUCAUUGACGCGAUCUGGUCUGAGGACAUUGACAAGUGUCGCGAGCUACUCGACGCCAAUCCUGUGCUUGUCAACCGUAUGCUCCGUCAUUAUGCCAUGGAGAUUAAAAAUACCAUCCCCGGCAUCGACUUAGAAAGUUUUGACCCGGAGAAAGAUGUUCCGCUCACUCUAGUCUUGAAAUUACCGCGGUACAAGGAGCCGGACCGUGAUAAGCGGUAUCUAUCCGGUAGCUGCCUCGCAUUGGCGAAGAUGCUGGUAGAUCGUGGCGCGAGCUUUGACAAAGCUGACCGGCGACUUCAUCUCGACCCGCAUAUGGUUCUGGUGGGUGCAUGCAGAGACUACGACAACCCUGAAGCUCUGCAGCUCCUUGUACGAGCAGGAGCAGACGUUGAUUGUCGCGACCUUGAUGAUGAUCAAUUAUAUACCUUGCUGCAGCUGGCGGCCGAUCGCGGUGCUGACAAGACAGUCAAAUUCUUACUGGACAAUGGUUGGUCGACGGACGAAACUGGGGAGUCUGACACUCUCCUUCACAAAGCGGCCCGUAGAGGUCGACUGCAGGUUGUCAAACUUCUACUGGAUCGCGGCGCCAAAUCCGACUUGGAAGCAGCUACAGAAGGCCAACUCGUAGAUGGAACCCCUCUUGAGGUGGCAUGUGGAGGCUGGAGAUUCGAUGAGGCGAAACGCCAGAUUUUCGUGCCACGUGAAGAGUUGGGGGAUGUGAUCAAGCUCCUGAUAGGCGCUGGCGCCAAAGUAACAAAGACUGCGGUCGAGCGAGCUGCUAUGAGCGGGCUCGGCGCCGACGUCCUCCAGCUACUCGUCCAGCACGGCGGAGAUAUCCAACAACUUACUUCGUUCCGUACGGAACAGGCCAACGACCACUACCUUGGAGGCGACGAUGUUACACUCAUUCAUCUCGCCGCGCUCAAGGACCCGCAGCCUCUCAGCAUCGAAGCUCUUUUGGAAAUGGGGUCCAACGUCGACGCUCGUGACAGCCAUGGCCGCCAACCCUUACACUGGGCCACACUGCGCCAGGUUUUCCAUCCUAAAAAAGAAAAUGGUUAUUUGAAAGAAGAUGUUUCGACCUGGGCAAGCCCCAAGCUGGACAGCAUGAGAGAAGCAGUCAAAGUGCUGUUGCAGCACAAGGCCGACCCAGACUGCCAGGACGCAUUCGGUCGGACGCCACUGCAUUACGCAGCACUGGCAAAAGCGCCCGCUGAACUCCUGGAACCGCUCCUUCGACACGGCGCUCGCCUGACAACGGCCGACCUGGACGGCCGCACGCCUCUCCACCUUCUCGCCCAGCCGAUCUUCGUGAGACCACGUCCUGAAGAGGGCGAGAGACAAGACACAGAGCUAUUAUUCACCUUGCUAGAGCAGUUCGAAUACAACAUAGACCAGAAAGACAAGACGGGCGAUACCCCGCUACACGUUGCCGCCGCCGGCGCCACCUGCUGGGCGGUGUCGCUGUUUCUCCGCCUCGGCGCGGAUCCCAACGUCAAGGGCACGCGCGGGUGGACGGCGCUGCACCGCGCAUCUGUGCCGCCGCCGCCGCAACAUGACGAGCCGUUUGACUACGGUCCCAGGGCCCAGCAACAGCAGACAGAGGGCGACAAGAUGGCUGCGAGGAUGAAGGCUCUGCUGCUCGGCGCUGGCGCGGAUCAAAAGGCGCGGGAUAACGGGGGCCUAACUGCGGCUGACAUCGAAGUCAAAGUGGCAGAGAGGUUGCGCAAGAAGGCAGAGGAGGCUGAAAGAGCUUACGAGGAAGAUAUGGAGCAGAGUAGAAGAACUGACAGGGAAGUUGCAAAGAUACUCAAGUCAUGGCGGCGGGAGACGCGGUGGGAGAGAGAGAGGUAUAGCGGGGAUAUCUACUAUUAG